AUGGACUUGAUUGACGGCUGCCCAUUCUCCCCUUCCCAGUACUUCUACGACCGCUCCUCCAGCAUCCCGUCCCCGGAUGGAGAUUUCAGGGAGGAUUUUGAGUCUACAGGGGCGGCCUUUCUCAGCGAGCACCAAGCUGAGCUGCAAGGCUCUGAGGAAGACGAACACGUGCGUGCCCCGACAGGCCACCACCAGGCCGGUCGCUGCCUCUUGUGGGCCUGCAAAGCCUGCAAGAGGAAGGCCAGCACUGUGGACCGCCGCAAGGCAGCCACAAUGCGCGAGCGGAGGCGCCUCAAGAAAGUCAACCAGGCAUUCGAGACACUCAAGAGGUGCACCACGACCAAUCCCAACCAGAGGCUGCCCAAGGUGGAAAUCCUCAGAAAUGCAAUUCGCUACAUUGAGAGCCUACAAGACCUGCUGAGGGAGCAAGUGGAAAACUUCUACAGCCUGCCAGGCCGGAGAUGUUCGGUACCUACCAGUCCCACUUCCAACUGCUCGGAUGGCAUGCCCGAGUGUAACAGUCCUGUGUGGUCCAGAAAAAGUAGCAGUUUUGAAAGCAUCUACUGUUCUGAUCUACCAAAUGUAUAUGUGACAGAUAAAAGCUCCUUAUCCAGCUUGGAUUGCUUGUCCAGCAUCGUGGAUCGUAUCACAACCUCCCAACAGCCUGAACUGUCUCCCCAGGAGCCUGUGUCUUUCUCAGUUGGUAGCACUGAUUCACAGCUUGCAACUCCAGGCACUGCCAGUGCUAGGCUCAUCUAUCAUGUGUUAUGA